UGUUGACGUACUAGUACGUAGUCAGUUGAAAACCCGCGUACGGGUAGUGGUACGGGUAGAUACAGGAACAUGAAACAGCUAGAAAGCCGUACUGAGUGAACUGAAGAUUGAUUGCUAAUUGUUAUUGAAAACUACCUAUUUUCUAUUAAUGUUAUUGGUCAAGCUGGCAGCGAUGGCAGACAAAUUCACCAAGGAAGAAUACCUGACAUUCAUCGAAGCUGUCAAGCAGUGCGAACAUUUAUAUAAUCCACAACAUCCGAACUACAAAACAAAUGCAGUGCGGGAACAAUCAUGGGAGGAGAUUUCUGGAAUCAUGAGAAAACCAGUUCAUGAAUGCAGAAAGAAAUGGAGGCAUAUCAGAGAUCAUUACAUGAGAGGACAUUAUAAAAGCAAGGAACGCCACCGAAAUUGGAUUUACUACAAACCACUGUCAUUCCUGUCCUUUUUGAAACAGGAACGGAAUAAUCACACACAGCAUCAGUCUGAUGAAUGUACAGGAGAAGAAGAUAUAAGAAAAGGCGACGAUGAUGAAGAGGACGAUGUGUUUUCUGAAUCGGAAGAUACCGAAUCCAAGGAACCUAAAACCUACCAUGAAAUGACACCAUGCACUGAUCCGUUACCGAUAUCAUUGCCGGGAUCGAUUGUAGAAGACAAUGAAGACAGUGCCGUAGAUAUAGACACGUUUUUGAACAACAUCGGCACCAGGUUGAAAAGACUGCCACAACAGUCUAUCGACCUGAUGAAGAUGAACAUAUUGGCUCAGGUUGCAGAACUUGAAUUGGAAUAUUCCUGGACUCUUUCUGGAGAAGAUCCUGAUUUAUGAUAACAUUGUGAUUAUUAGUUUGUUAUGUUUUAUAAAUAUAUUUUUAAUAUCAUAAUAUCU